AAGGCGACAAGUCCGAGUUCGCUCUCGCCCUCCCCAACCGCACAGUCGACGAUAGCGAGAACGCUGUGACACUCGGAGCCAUGAGUGGCGGCUGGAAUACUAUCGAGUCCGACGCUGGCGUAUUCACAUACCUGCUCGACAACCUCGGCGUCAGGGAUGUCCAGUUUGAGGAGCUCUUGACCCUCGAGCCGGAGGCGCUCGCACAACUACACCCAGUCUACGGCGUCAUCUUCCUCUUCAAAUACCCGACCAACGGGCCCUACGCGUCCACAGACAAGCCGCUCGACGGGACAUUCGACCACGACGCCGCGCAAGAGCUCUUCUUCGCGGCCCAGACGAUCCAGAAUGCCUGCGGCACCCAGGCCCUGCUGUCGGUGCUGCUCAACAAGGACAGGGCCGGCGAGGUCGACAUUGGCCCUCACCUGCGCGACUUCAAGGAGUUCACCAUGGUCCUGCCGCCCGAGUUCCGCGGCGAGGCGCUCAGCAACUCGGAGCUGAUCCGCGACGUGCACAACAGCUUCGCCAAGUCGAGCCCGUUCGCCGACGAGACGCAGCGGCAGAGCAGCUCGGGCGAGGGCGAGGACGUGUUCCACUUCAUCGCCUACACCCACGUCAACGGCACGCUGUACGAGCUCGACGGCCUGCAGCCCGCGCCCAUCUCGCACGGGCCCGUGGCGGGCGACGAGGCGUUUCCCGGAAAGGUCAUGGAGGUCCUGCAGCGCCGCAUCGCGAGGUACGACAUGUCCGAGAUACGCUUCAACCUCAUGGCCAUGGUGCGCGACCUGCGCCUGCGCGCGCAGGAGUUUGGCGACGCCGAGAUGCUCGCCCGCGAGGAGGCCAAGCGGCGCGACUGGCAGUUUGAGAAUGCGCUGCGGCGGCACAACUUUGUCGGCUUCGCGGGCCAGGUGCUCAAGGGCGUGGUGGGGAUGAAGCUCAAAGAGGGCAAUGGGGCAUACGAGAAGUGGAUCGAGGAGGGCAAGACCCGGACAAGAGCGAGGCUCGAGCAGCGGAGGAAAGGUGGUGGAGGUGAUGUUGACAUGUCAGGAUGAGACCGUGAUUCAACAGCAAAGCUAAAGCACACGUCAACUCAGAUGGGGGCCUAUACCCAAUGGCAUCAUGGUCACCCAGGUUUGGGUGGGAACCAAGAAUUUCGUGCAUUCGGCCUCCUGGCAGUAACACGAGUGAUGGUGAUAACACCAGUACCCAGCACA